AUGGACCGCCGGGACCCAAAUGGGGCCGGCCGGCCGCGGAGGCUGUGUUUCUCCAGGGUAGACGCCACCGCAGUCACCGAGGUCCCUUUUCAAAGGAUGCACGCUCCUCACCGAGCGCCGGAGGUGUUUUGCAGCCGCUCUGCCAGAGGCGCGGGUAGGGGGCACCCUACCCCCACCCCCAGAGUCUACGUGGGUAUGGUGAAUAUCUCCAGCGUCACAGGCAUUGUAGGCACAACAGCGAGCAAAACAGAACUAGCCCUUGUCCUC